UUCAAAGCUACAAUCAAACAAACUUAUAGAACAGAGAAAAGAACAGGGUUCUUGCAAAUGGGGUCGGCCGUAGUAGUCUCGAUUCCUGAAGAAAUUCAGGAUCAAAGAGUUACCGACGACGUUCCCGUUGAUCAGAACAAGAACAAGAACAAGACGGCAGCUAUAAACAAGUUCCGUAACUUGUUUGACUCGACUCGAGACAGAAUAAAGAAACAAGACAUGAAGAAAAUUUUCCAUAGCAUUAAGCUUGGGAUUGCUUUGGUUGUUGUUUCACUUCUUUAUCUCCUUAAUCCUCUUUAUAAACAAGUUGGAGAUAAUGCAAUGUGGGCUAUAAUGACUGUUAUUGUUGUCUUUGAGUUCUAUGCAGGAGCUACACUGAGCAAGGGGCUUAACCGAGGGCUAGGCACGAUAUUCGGUGGCGGGCUCGGAUGUUUCGCGGGUUCAUUCGCUCAAGAUGUCGGCGGGGACGCCUGUGCUUCCAUUAUUGGAGUUUCCGUCUUUAUUUUCGGUGGUAUCGCGACGUACUUGCGGUUGAUACCGAGUAUAAAGAAGAAAUACGACUACGGAGUGAUGAUAUCGAUAUUGACGUUUAAUUUGGUGGUGGUGUCUGGUAUGAGAGAAGAAAAGAUUAUGGCAAUAGCAAGAGAACGCUUGUCUACCAUUGGCAUGGGAUUUGCAGUAUGCAUUUUCAUAAACCUUCUCAUCUUCCCUGCUUGGGCUAGCGAUGAGCUGCAUCACUCCACCGUCCAAAGCUUCCAUAACUUAGCUAAUUCCAUUGAAGGGUGCAUGGAGGAUUAUUUCAGCUCAACUGAUGACAAGAAGAAGAACAAAUCUGAUGCAAGUUUCAGCUCUUGUAAAGCAAUUUUGAACACAAAAUCAAAAGAGGAAUCAUUGGCUAAUUUUGCUAAGUGGGAGCCAUGGCAUGGGAAGUUUGGGCUGAACUAUCCAUGGAAUAGAUAUCUACAAAUUGGGGAGGUUCUAAGAGAGCUAGCAGCUACUGUUCUUUCAAUCAAAGGCUGUCUUCAAUCACCAAGACAGCCCACAUCAGGGAUGAGAGAGGCGAUCAAGGAGGCAUGUGAGAUGGGUGGAUCGUCCAUUGCAUGGGCGCUGAAGGAGCUUGGAGAAGGUAUCAAGAACGUGAAAAGGUGUCAAAUUGAGGGUGUCAUAGUGCCUAAAUUGAAGCUGGUUAGGCAAGAAAUGAGUGGUUUAAUCACUCCAUCAAAGCUUGGAGUGAUUGAGAAUGGUGAUGGAUUGGCAAUGGCUAGCUUUGUGUUCUUAGUUAUGGAGAUUUUGGAGAAGGUAGAAGAACUUGCAAGAGAGGUUGAGGAACUUGAGGAGGCGGGUCGAUUCCGUACUACGUGAAUGUUCAUCGUUUAUUGUCUAUGUUUUUAUUAGUGUUAUGUAUAUAAUUAUUUCCAAUUUUUUUGGAGGUAGUUUAAUUAUACAUUUAUAGAAUUCUUGAAGUUUGAGCUUAGUAUCAUUUUGGUUCCUUUGUUAAU